GUUUAUAUUAUGAUGGAGUAUGCAGGCCACGGGGAUCUUUUAGAAUACAUCAAACUCCGCGGAGCAGUGCCAGAAGAUCGUGCCCAGACCAUGUUCAAACAAAUUGUCUACGCCGUGGCCUAUCUCCACGGACAGAAAAUAGUCCACAGAGAUAUGAAAUGUGAAAAUCUCCUUCUGGAUUGUAUGAACAACAUUAAAAUAUCCGAUUUUGGAUUUGCUCGUUACUUCGAACCUAGCGACGUCAGCAAGACAUUUUGCGGAAGCGCAGCAUACGCAGCUCCGGAAGUUCUUCAGGGAAUUCCCUAUCACCUACCGUCUCACGACAUCUGGAGCAUGGGGGUCAUUCUGUAUAUCAUGGUGAGGCAGUUUUCUGUAACUUCCGUCAUAUUAUUAUUUCA